AUGAUACCCAAACAUGCUUUGAGUGCCAUUGAUAAGUUAUUACAAGAUAUUUGUAAUAAUAAGUUUCCUUUUGGUGGUCAAGUUAUUCUUAUGGGUGGAGAUUUUCGACAAAUACUUCCAGUUGUGAAGAGAGGUCGACCAGCAGAUGUUGUAGAAUCAUGUAUAAAGUGUUCUGAACAUUGGCAAUAUGUGCAAAGGUUUUCAUUAACUGAAAAUAUGAGGGUUCAGAUAGGAGAAGAGGAAUUUUCUCAAUGGCUUUUAAAGCUUGGAAGUGGAACAUUACCUGUCAAGCCUGAAGAUCCUUUGCAAGGGUGUAUUGAAAUACCUGAGCAGUGUGGUGCAGAAGAAGCUGAUUAUGCAAAACGUGCUAUUUUAACACCAACAAAUGUUGAUUCAUUGGCAAUAAAUGAAGAAGUCCUUCAUCGAUUACCGGGUGAUGUUAAAACUUAUUUAAGUUCAGAUAGCAUUGAAACUGAUGAUCAUAAUGAAAUUUAUAAUUUUCCAGUUGAGUUUUUAAAUACUUUGACUCCAUCAGGUAUGCCUGUUCAUUGCCUAAAGUUGAAAAUUGGUGCUGUUAUAAUGCUACUUAGAAAUUUAGAUCUCAAAGGUGGACUUUGUAAUGGAACACGUUUGAUGGUGCGUGCACUACACAACAAUUACAUUGAUGGUGAGGUUCUAACAGGUGUAUCAGCUGGUAACAGGGUAUUUGUUCCUCGAGUUCAAUUAGCUCCAUCAGAUUCAAAUUUACCUUUUACACUUAAACGUCGUCAAUUUCCAGUUAGGUUAGCAUACUCAAUAACCAUAAAUAAAAGUCAAGGUCAAACAUUUGAUAAAGUUGGUGCUUAUCUCAAAAAGCCUUGCUUUUCACACGGCCAAUUAUAUGAUGCAUGUAGAUUUCCUGUUAUUACUGGUUUAAAAAUUGUUAAUCGUUAA